AUGGAUACAAUAGCAUUAGAAGUCACGAAUAGCAACCAGUAUCUUCUCUAUGCUACUCUCUUUAUGAUGCCCAUCCUUCUUCAUGCCUUUAGCAGGUGCAAAGCUAAUAACAGCUUACAUCUGCCCCCCGGCCCUCGUGCAUGGCCCAUCAUAGGCAACAUACUCGACCUAGAUGGAGAAAAAACACAUACAUGUCUAGCGAACCUUGCCGAAAUUUACGGUCCCCUGAUCUCCCUAAGAUUAGGCUCAAAAUUGAUAGUAGUUGCAUCUUCCCCAGCAACUGCUAGAGAAAUUUUGAAGACACACGACCAGGCUUUAUCUGGUAGGCUUACUUUGCGUAUAUCGAACGUGAUUCCAGGCGUUAAAAGUUCUAUGAUCGUACUAUCCGCGGAAUGUAACCAAAGAUGGAGGUUUUUACGUAGCACUGCACGUACCGAGCUUUUCUCCUGUCGAGCUUUAGAGUCACAUUCGAAGCUGAGAGCUGAGAAGGUCCAAAAUAUGCUAGAUUUUUUGGGUUUAAAAGGAGGUGCGGUGGUGGCUAUUGUGGACGUAUUAUACGCUACAAUUGUCAAUAUUUUGACAAAUACCAUGAUCUCCAAAGAUAUAAUCAACCUCAAGGAUAACGUGGGUGAGUUGAGGAAAUUUUCGAGGUCUCUAGUUGAGCUUGCUGUGCCUAGUAUGGCUGACAUAUUUCCUUUGGUUGGUGCUUUGGAUUUUCAAGCUAAGCGAAAAGCAAGGGAUUAUAAGGAAAAAAAUGAAGCUCUAUGGGCUGAUACUGUUAGCGAGAGAAGAGGGAAGCAGGAUUGUGGUACAUCCGGAGCAGAUUUUCUAGAUGUUCUCAUUCGACACUCAUUUGAUGAUUGUGAAAUCUUCAACCUCUUCAACGAGUUAUUUGUUACUUCUGAUUCGGUCAGCACCACGCUUGGAUGGGCGAUGUCCGAGCUAACAAAAAAUCAGGAUGCCAUGUUAAAACUUCGUGAUGAAAUCACAAAUGCCAUUGGAGGAACAGGCUUGUUAAGUGAGAGUCAACUGGCCAAGCUACCAUAUUUGCAAGCUUGUAUAAAAGAAACACUGAGAUUGCACCCUCCAAGCCCAUUUCUAGUGCCUCAUUGUGCAGUGCAAUCUUGCAAAGUGACGGACUAUGAUAUUCCAAAGAACAGCUUGGGGGUUGUAAAUGCAUAUGCUAUUGGACGAGAUCAAAAGACUUGGGAAGACCCUUUAAGCUUCAAACCAGAACGUUUUCUCGGCAAGAAUCUGGAUCUCAAGGGAACUCACUACGAACUUUUACCGUUUGGUGCAGGGAUGGAUCCAGAAACACUUGACAUGAGCGACGAGUUUAGAGUACCGAUGGGAAGGACAAAUAAAGCCGGCUGGGGUAUUGUUGCUAGAGAUUGGAAGGGGAAGCUGGUUGCUACAUGGGCUUGUCCUUCCUUUACAUGUUCAGCACCAAUACUCGAGAAGGCAUUGGCAAUCAGAACUGCAAUGGUUAAAGCUGCUUUGGAAGGCUGGGGAAGGAUCAUUAUAGAAUCAGAUUGUAAGGCUGUAAUAGAUAGAAUACUGAAGGAUAUGGAUGAUGUGGUUCUAUCCACAGUUUUGCAGGAUAUUAAGCUGCUAAAACAUAACUUUGAGAAAUGUUGUUUCUCCUUUGUUCGAAGGGAGUUCAACUCUAUUAGCCAUAAGUCAGCAAAAUUUGCUCUAAAUUUAGGGUCUGUUGUUGAUUGGAAAGCUUGUUUUCCAGUUUGGUUGCUUGAUAGUGCUCAAGCAGACGUUGAGGAGCAGUUGCUCCAGGAUGUGUAA